AGCCCCGGACCAAAGGAUGCAGUUUCGCCUCUUCUCCUGUGCCCUGAUCAUCCUCAACUGCAUGGAUUACGGCCACUGCCAAGGCGGACGCUGGAGGCGCAGCAAGAGAGCUAACUAUGGACCAAAUCCCAUUUGCAAAGGUUGCCUAUCUUGCUCUAAAGACAACGGAUGCAUCCGAUGUCAGCAUAAGUUGUUCUUCUUUCUCAGAAGAGAAGGAAUGAGGCAAUAUGGCGAAUGCUUGAAUUCCUGCCCUUCAGGGUACUACGGACUCCGAGCCCCAGAUAUGAACAGAUGUUCAAGAUGCAGAAUAGAGAACUGCGAUUCUUGCUUUAGCCGAGACUUUUGCACCAAGUGCAAGCCUGGGUUUUAUCUCUACCGAGGCCGAUGCUUUGGAGAAUGCCCCGAUGGCUUUGCGCCUUUAGAGGACACGAUGGAAUGUGUGGAAGGCUGUGAAGUGGGUCCAUGGAGCGAAUGGGGAACUUGCAGCCGAAAUAACAAGACGUGUGGAUUUAAGUGGGGUUUGGAAACGAGAACAAGGCAAAUUGUGAAAAAGCCAGCAAAGGACACGAUACCAUGCCCAACGAUUGCAGAGUCCAGAAGAUGUAAAAUGGCUCUGAGGCACUGUCCGGGAGGAAAGAGGACACCAAAGACGAAGGAUAAGAGGAAGAAGAAAAAGAAUUUGAUGGAAAGAGCGCAGAAGCAACACAGCCUCUUCCUCGGCACAGACCGAGCCGGUCAAUAGUGACUUUGUCGUGUGGGAAUCCACGUGGGGUUUUGUUUGUUUGUCCGUAUUUUUGCAAAAUGCACAGAAGCUGCUGCCUGUUCCUGCACUGCGAUUCAGCUGCUUUGACAGUAUUGGUUGCAAAUAACUUGUGAAAGAAAGAGAUGUCCACAAGCUUGUUUGUGUGUGUUUAUUUAUACUUUUUUAAAAAA